AUUUUAUCAAAAAUGUCUGCUGAACAUAUUGCUAAGGGUGCUCACCAAAAGUUGGAAACUGUCAUGGAGGACUCCAAGGAGGCCUUAGAUGAAGGAGGUAGCAAAUAAGUCAUGUUUCAUAUCACCAGGACGGCGGAAUUCAAUGACUGAGAUACCAAUAGAGGAGCUCAUUCCUUGAUCAGGCUCCGGUGAGGAUAAUGAGGAGUUAAGGUCAAUAAGUAGGGCUGAAGAUGAACUUGAAGGCAAAAUUGAGUUCAGCUUGUCAGAUAUUGACCCAGACAGCUCCUCUGGAAACCAAGAAGAUAGACCAAAUAAUUUUGAUAGCUCACGGCAGAGUAGGAGUAUGUCUUACACAAGGAUUUCUAUAAAUUCUGAAAAAUUAGAGAGCACAUGGGAAGCAAGAGCCAGUGAUAACAUUCUCUCUAUAUCGAACAAUUAUAGAAAUAAGUCUCUGAUUAAUAAGAAGGAAGCCUUUAACUACUGCAUGGAAGAAUUAGAUGACUCUGUUGAAGACCUUGAGAACUCUAUUCUUAGUAAGGCCAAAAAUUCUCUCGAAAGCUUAAAAUCAUCUGGACCGAAGGAGAAAAAUGCAUUGGGACAAAGUAAUUAUAGAGGAUCUUCCCUCGAUUGGAAAGCCAAUUUGGAAAGCUCUUUUGCUAAUAGCGUAGAGACAGAAACAAAAGAUGAAAAUUCAAAACUCUCAAAGCCCGUUAUAUGUGCUACUUGUGAGCAGAAAGACACCGAUCUAUGUAUCUUGAAAGUAAUGAAUGAUGAUCUUGUUGCUAAAAAUUCCAGCUUGACAAACCAAUGUCAUGAUCUUCAAGAGAUUAUUACUCAAUUACUAGAAGACACAGAGAAACUGAAGAGCUUCAUUCAAGAUAACUUUAGUAGCAAAAGUACUCAGACAGACUUAGUGAAUGAAAAUGAUUUUGUUCAGCAGCUCCAGCGUGAAAUCCGAGAGUAUCAAAGCCAGAACAGAAUCCUAACUACCAAAGAGGGCUCCUAUUUAUGCGAUAUCCAGAACUUAAAGCAAGAAAUUGCUUGUCUUGAGGAGAAAGGAAAGCAAAAUUUAUCAGAAUUUCAGCAAAAAUUUUACAUCUGUAAAACAGCUGCUCAAAAACAGAUUAAAUCUCUCCAAGAACAAAAUCAAAAACAAGAAGAAAUUAUUGCUAAAAUGGUAAAAGAUAGACAAGAUUCUAUCUCAAAGGGUAGAAACUUGGUCCAAAGUUUCAAAAAUAUCAAACAUAAAGCUGCCAAGAAGAAGUUCAAGAGUUCAGGAAGCAGUAAACCAACUCCAAAAUUCUAUAAGAGUGCUAUUAAUUUUGAUGUUCAAUAUAUUAAUACAUCUAAGAAAGAGCUGGAGGCUCCCAAGGAAGUCAAGCUUCAAACUCCUGGUAUAAUAAAUGGCUCAAAGAUCUCACCUGAGAAGGCCAUCUUCUCUAAUCUACUACAAGGCCAGACUCAUUCAUGUGAUGAAAGCAAAACAGGAGCUCCUAGGGGAGCUCCUGCUUGCUUGAACCCACAUGUAUGAUCAGAGACAAAGUUCAGCACAAUUGAAGAUAUGUCGAUAAAUCCUGAUGAAAUAGAAGACAUUAAACCAACAGCAGCCAAAUACUCCUCUAUAAUCAGAGAAAUCAGGUAUGAACAAGAGCAAGGGGAUCUUUCCCAGGAAUAUAGCCCACCGUACAGGAGGACUUCUAGUAGGAAGAGGGAACAGCAUCUUUAUGGGAGGAGUAGGGACACAGGAAGCUUAAUGGAUGAUUACCACAUUCACAACCACAAUACGAAUUUUCAGGUAAAUCUGAAAGAGAAAUUAUUGACAAUUGCUGAUAAGGAUAAAGGACUGAAUGAUAAAUCUAGCAUUGAUAUUCCUCAUAGUCAGAGUUCGGUUUCUAAAGAAGAUACUAGGACAUUCCCUGAUAAAGUAGGUCAGAAUAAAAAUACAAAUUUGAAGAAGUCUGAUAAAAUUGAAGAUUAUACAACCCAGAAGACUAAGAAUCGUAAAAAUAAAGCUGAGAAAGGAAGAGCUAAAGCAAGAUCACAGAAACCUAUGACUAAACCCCAUAAAGCUUUAGACAAAAAGGAGGCUAAAAAUCAGCAGGACAAUUCUGCAUUAGCAAGACUGAAAAAUAUUAGAAAAACGGUUCUUCUGCAAAAGGUGCUUCCAAGGAGUUCUAAAAGAGGAUCUAAGGUUGGUUCUAGUGAUAAGAACCCUGAUCAGUCUUCGCAGUAUCAUGAUUCUGAUAAUCUAAGGGCUAAUAAAGCCAGGGAGAGGCCACUACGGUCUUCUAAGUUCUCAACAGUGGAUCAUAAAUUCAAGAAUUCUGAACAGCAAAAUCUCAAGAAAACAUACCAUACAAUUUCAAACCCAAUUUUUUCAAAAAUUUCAACUUCGAUCCCAGUUCGUUCUAACUCACUCAAAUUCAGGUAUCCAAAAAAUGACCAGUCCCUAAUAGUCCAUUAGAGCUCAAAUGAUAGCUCUAAAGAGCUCUAAGAUGCCUUUAAAGUAGAAAUAUAGCCCAAUACUUCCUUAAGUGGGAGCCUAAUAGUGCAAUUUUAAGGUCAAUAAUUUUUCAAUUU